UUAACUGGUAGUAGGUUCAUGUGUGUGAAGCUGCUGCAAUUGCACUGUUUUCCUCACUAUUUCCAAGUAGCUUUGACUUACAUUUCUCAUAAUUAGAAAAUAAUACCCUUUCUAGAAAUAGCGAAGCAAGAAGAUAGGUCCAUGUCAGUCUCCAGGGUGUAGAGUACUUCAGCUUAUGGACCAGAAGUCUGUGCUGGGCCACUUCACCUGUGGCUGUAUGUUGCUUUUUUUUCAUUUCUUAUUUCUUCACCAGGUUUGUCUGUAAGAUCUAAAAAUAAGUGUGUCUAAGCUCCAGGGCUCAUCUCGCAACAAAUUUCAGAGCUGUGGGAAAGCAUGGGAGGCUUCAGAUGGCUUAAGAUGAUGGAAAUUGCAGCUGCUGUGGAAAGGUGUGACCUACAGUUCCCCUCCACCACUGGUGCAGCAGUAGCAUUUGCAGGGAAAUUCUGGUGAUUAAAGAUCAUGGCAACCAUAGAGGAAAUGGCCCAUCAAAUUUUUGAACAGCAAAUGGGAGAGGUUACACAUUCGCAGGAAGCUGUUACACAAACACUAAUGGAUGGGACACCACAACGAAUACAGAUUGUCCCUACAGAUUCAGGCCUCUCUUUAUCACAGCGUAUACAGAUUGUCACAGAUCAGCAGACGGGCCAGAAGAUUCAGAUUGUUACAGCACUUGAUCAGAGCUCAGCAGGCAAGCAGUUCAUCUUAACAAAUCAUGAUGGCUCUACCCCAAGCAAGGUGAUCCUUGCCAGACAAGAUUCCACUCCAGGAAAAGUUAUCCUAGCAACUCCAGAUGCUGCAGGUGUCAACCAACUGUUUUUUGCAUCCCCUGAUAUUUCUACACAACACAUCCAGAUUUUAACAGACAACUCCACCAGUGAACAGGGCCUAAAUAAAGUGUUUGAUCUGUGUGUUGUAUGUGGAGACAAGGCAUCAGGGCGUCACUAUGGAGCAGUAACUUGUGAGGGAUGCAAAGGAUUCUUUAAAAGGAGUAUACGGAAGAAUUUAGUUUAUUCCUGCCGAGGAACAAAAGACUGUGUCAUUAACAAGCACCACCGGAACCGGUGUCAGUACUGUAGGCUGCAGAGAUGCAUCGCCUUUGGGAUGAAACAAGACUCUGUGCAGUGUGAGAGGAAACCUAUUGAAGUGUCAAGAGAAAAAUCUUCUAACUGUGCAGCUUCUACAGAAAAGAUCUACAUUCGGAAAGAUCUUCGUAGUCCAUUAGCUGCAACUCCAACUUUUGUGACAGACAAUGAAACAGCAAGAUCCACAGGUCUGCUGGAAUCGGGAAUGUUUGUUAACAUUCAUCCCUCUGCAAUAAAAAGUGAACCUACUGUGCUGAUGACUCCAGAUAAGGUUGAAGCAUGUCAAGGAGAUUUAAGUACACUGGCAAAUGUGGUGACUUCAUUAGCAAACCUCAGUAAAUGCAAAGACAUAUCACAAAGCAGUACAGAGCUAUCUAUGAUUGAAAGUUUAAGUAAUGGAGAUGCAUCAUUAUCUGAACUCAAGCAAGAAGAACAAGCUAGUAGUGAUGUUACAAGGGCAUUUGAUACUCUUGCAAAAGCAUUAAAUCCAGGAGAGAGCGCAGCAUGUCAGAACUCUGAAAGUAUUGAUGCCAAUGCACAGCUGCUUGGUGGAGAAACAAGCAUGAAUGUCGUUGAAAUAGAGGGGCCACUACUCAGUGAUGCUCACGUAGCAUUCAGGCUCACCAUGCCCUCUCCUAUGCCUGAUUAUCUUAACGUUCACUAUAUCUGCGAGUCUGCCUCCAGGUUGCUUUUUUUGUCCAUGCACUGGGCACGUUCCAUUCCAUCUUUCCAAGCUUUAGGGCAGGAUAACAGCAUAUCAUUAGUAAAAGCCUGCUGGAAUGAACUUUUUACGCUUGGUCUGGCACAAUGUUCACAAGUUAUGAAUGUGGCGACUAUAUUAUCUGCGUUUGUUAAUCACCUUCAAGGCAGUUUACAGCAAGAUAAGCUGCCAACAGACAGAGGAAGACUAGUAAUGGAACAUGUCUUCAAACUGCAAGAGUUCUGUAACAGCAUGGUUAAGCUUUGUCUAGAUGGAUAUGAAUAUGCAUAUUUGAAAGCAAUCGUCCUCUUCAGUCCUGAUCACCCAGGUCUAGAAAAUGUGGUACAGAUUGAGAAAUUUCAAGAGAAGGCUUAUAUGGAGUUCCAAGACUAUGUAACAAAGGCAUAUCCAGAUGAUACUUACAGACUGUCUAGACUUCUCCUCCGAUUGCCUGCUCUUCGGCUGAUGAGCGCUGCCAUCACUGAAGAACUGUUCUUCGCAGGACUGAUUGGAAAUGUCCAGAUUGAUAGCAUCAUCCCAUAUAUUCUGCGAAUGGAGACAGCAGACUACAACUCCCAGAUCAUAGGUCAUGCCGUAUAAAAGUAGCAGUCCGGGAUUCUGUACCAUGGCAGUCAUGGUGAUGUAAAUGCAUACCCUGUCUCCAAGAGAUGGUAAUAAGCCUUCCAAUGCACCUUUCCAAAGAAGGCUCAUAUUCCUCCUUUCCAGUACAUUUGGGAAACGUGGUGGAGUGUAUUAUGAUAUAGGAUCGCUUCCUAUUUUUCAUUUAUCUUCAAGGACUUGUAAAUUAACUUGAUAUCUGAAGAAAGUAAGAAUUGGCCAUCCUAUUUUUGUAGAUAGACGGACUUGGAAUAUUUGUUUAUGAAGUCCAGGCUUAUGAGGAAACUGCAGAAGCUUUGACUGAACUAAGGUAUCUUGACUCAGUGUGAUGUUUUAGAGAAAUAAAUUAACUUUACUCUCCGA